CAGGGACGAACGAGGCGGAGGGGGACGACGUGGAAGCCGGAGGUGUUGGUGAUGUGACUAAACAGCUGGAGGAGCAAACCCUGGAGGAGAGAGAGAAGGCUGAGGAUGCAGAAGAAGAUGGGGACGAGGGGGAAAACUCGGCCGGUAAAAAGAAGAGGAAGAAGAGGAAGAAGAAAGCCUCGAAGGGACAGACUGACCCUCCCUCAGUACCUAUUUGUGAGCUCUAUCCCAGCGGAGACUUUCCGAAUGGAGAGGAGUGUGAAUACCCCCCAUCAAAAGACGGACGCAGCGCAGCAUGGAGGAGCACCAGCGAGGAGAAGCGAGCGAUGGACAGGGCCAACGAGGAGAUGUGGAGCGAUUUCAGGCAGGCGGCCGAGGCCCACAGGCAGGUCCGCUCCUACGUCAGGACCUGGAUCGAACCGGGGAUGACCAUGAUUGACAUCUGUGAGAAACUGGAGGACUGCUCUAGGAGGCUGAUCAAAGAAAACGGGCUGAGGGCAGGCCUGGCUUUUCCUACUGGCUGCUCCAUCAACCACUGUGCUGCUCACUACACCCCAAACGCAGGAGACCCCACCGUCCUGCGCCACGACGACGUCUGCAAGAUCGACUUUGGGACGCACAUCAACGGUCGAAUCAUAGACUGUGCGUUCACCGUCACUUUCAACCCAAAGUUUGACCGACUGCUGGAGGCUGUGAGAGACGCAACCAACACCGGCAUCAGGUUUGCCGGAAUCGAUGUACGACUGUGCGAUGUUGGCGAGACCAUUCAGGAGGUGAUGGAGUCUUACGAAGUGGAGAUCGAUGGGAAAACCUACCAAGUGAAGCCCAUCAGAAACCUCAACGGCCACUCGAUUGGACCGUACAGGAUCCAUUCAGGGAAGACGGUCCCCAUUGUGAAGGGCGGAGAGGCCACCAGGAUGGAGGAAGGUGAAGUUUACGCCAUUGAGACAUUCGGCAGCACUGGCAGAGGUGCAGUCCACGAUGACAUGGAGUGUUCCCAUUACAUGAAAAACUUCAACGUUGGACAUGUGCCAAUAAGACUUCCAAGGGCUAAACACCUGCUGAAUGUGAUCAACGAGAACUUUGGCACGCUGGCGUUCUGCCGCCGCUGGCUGGACCGACUGGGUGAGAGCAAGUACCUGAUGGCGCUGAAGAACCUGUGCGACCUGGGUAUCGUCGACCCGUACCCUCCUCUCUGUGACAUCAAGGGCAGCUACACGGCCCAGUACGAGCACACCAUCCUGCUGAGGCCCACCUGCAAGGAGGUAGUGAGCCGAGGGGACGACUAUUAAGCGUGUAACCACGAGGAGGAUGGCCACUCGGCGACACCAGACUUCCUCAGACUGACAGCAAAUAUGCAAUACUUCUCUGACCUACAGCUGUGCUCAAAGUUUACAUUCACUCGUCGUGGGCGUGAGCAUCGGAGUGAUUUGGAGACUACUUUUUCUAGAGUGGAAUGAAUACACAACAUGUAACUAAUAUUAUUUAAAAACAAAAAUAUGGAGCACAAACUUGAAUUUAUUGUAAAUUUUCUCUAAUCCAUAAAGUCAAAACUAUACAUACCAGCUCAAAUAAGUAAACAAAUAAGAUGAGAUUUACAUAGAGAAAAUCAAAAUAGACAUGUCUGCUCCAGAAGCCACACAUCUAAGCUGGCUGAAGAAGUCAUAAUGUCUUCUGGAGAAAACCUUGAUGGCAGGGCUAUUCAACUAAAAUGCUCUGGGGGCCACAGUUACUGCAGGUCAACAGCUCAGGGACCGAAUGUCCAGCAAUUAAAUUAUUAUACAAAUAAACCAAGUGUUACAAAGAUCUGUUACCUUUGAAAUAGUUUAUUUUGCUGCAUUUAUUCAUGUAUACAACACAUAGAAAGCUAUAA